GAAAUGUCACAUCAUGUUUCCACUGACGUGGCUGUAUACCUGCUCCCUGUGGGUGCACCUCGCGCAACAUACAAUCUUGUAAAUUACCCGACGCCUGUGAGAAAUAAACGAUAUUCGCAUAUAAUCAACGCAUCAAUCAAUGUCUGAGUCUAGCAGUAAACGAGUUGUUCUGGCGUACAGCGGGGGACUGGAUACCUCCUGCAUUCUCGUCUGGCUCAUAGAACAAGGAUAUGACGUCAUUGCGUUCUGUGCGAACAUAGGACAGGAUGAGGAUUUCAACGCCGCAAAAGAGAAAGCCAUGAAGCUCGGUGCAAAGAGGAUGGUAAUUCCUGAUGUCCGGACGGAGUUUGUCGAGGAGUUCAUAUGGCCAGCUAUCCAGGCAAACGCUACAUAUGAGGACCGCUACCUGUUGGGGACCGCCCUGGGACGGCCCUGUAUCGCCAGGGCAAUGAUCAAGGUUGCUAUAGAUGAGAAGGCACAGUAUGUCGCCCAUGGGGCGACGGGCAAGGGCAAUGAUCAGAUCAGAUUUGAACUGGGAGCUUACGCAUUGCACCCAACUAUCAAGGUCAUAUCUCCAUGGCGGUUGCCCGAGUUUUACAAGCGUUUUGAAGGUCGGGCAGAUCUUUUCAAAUAUGCACAGGAAAAUGGUAUUGCUUUACCGGUAACCCCUAAAGCCCCUUGGAGUAUGGAUGCCAAUUUGAUGCAUAUAAGUUACGAGUCAGGAGUUUUGGAAGAUCCCGCUGAACAUGCGCCUCCCGGGAUUUUCCAGAUGACCGUAGACCCAGAACAAGCACCGGAACAAGCUGAGAAAAUUGUCAUCUUCUUUGAAAAAGGUCUGCCUGUUCGUAUAAAGAAUUUAGAAGACAAUACAGAGAAGAAGGACCCACUUGAGAUGUUUUCAUACAUGAAUGAACUGGGUGGGAAACACGCCAUAGGACGAAUUGAUAUUGUAGAAAACAGAUUCAUUGGGAUGAAGUCCAGAGGUCUUUAUGAAACGCCUGGUGGAACUAUUUUAUUAAUGGCACACCUGGACAUUGAACUCUUCACCAUUGACAAGGAAGUGCGGAAAAUCAAAAGGAAUCUCGAUGUGGCCUUUUCUGAACAAGUAUAUAAAGGCUUUUGGUUCAGUCCAGAGUGUGAAUUUACGCGCUCUUGCAUCCAAAAGAGUCAGGAUCACGUGACCGGAUCCGUCAGUGUUAAGCUGUACAAGGGAGGCGUUUACAUUCUGGGGCGGGAAUCACCAUUAACGCUGUACAAUGCGGAACUCGUCAGUAUGGAUGUACAAGGUGACUACGAGCCAUCGGAUGCAGGUGGAUUCAUCAAGAUCAAUGCAUUAAGAUUGCAAGAGUACUGCAGAUUGAGGCAAAUUCAGACGGAAAACUGAGACCAUUAUUCGGCUAUGGCUGUUCAGAGCCGGGGAAUACAAGCAUAUCUUUCAAACUUGUACUAGGGGUGUAACGAUAUACCGGAAUACACGAACAGGUACCGUAUCACGGUGCGAAAAUCGCACACCUGUGUUUCCGUGAAGAAGAAAACUGGAGAACACUGAAAUAUACAUUAUAUCAUUCGCUCAGAAUUCGGGACAUUCUCCAUUUAGUUUUUCAAAAACUCUAGUCAUUUGACAUAUAUUUGUUAUUCGUUUAAACGAACUUAAUUAAGGCGAUUUUCUAUUUACUUAUGUUAUUUAUUAUUAUGUUUUGGAGUUUAUUCAAUGUUUAUACUUCAUAAAACAAUAAUAUAUCUUUUAUCCUUGCUCAUUUAGAUAAGUAGUGUCUCAUUUCAGAAUGGAGAGGCACAGAUUAUAGACAGUGAUAUACCGCAAUGUGUAUUCCGACACAGUCUCCGUGAAUCGCGAUAUUUCACGUAUCGUUACUCCUCUAUAAACCACAAAAAUAAAUAAAUACAAUGUUAUUUAUGCUUAAAUCUAUAAAUAUGUUGUACAUAAUAACUUAUUGUGUAUGUCUUAACUUUGUUUAAGCAGUUUAUUGUAGAUGUUUUAAUGACUCACAAGUUCAUUUUCCUGUUGCAAAGUUGUACAAUAGCAUUAUGUGCAUAGAUAACUUAACGAUGCAGACACAGUGCAUAUCUCUUGUCAAGUACAGUAGUCCUUUUGUUCAUAUACAGUGUAUAUACAUAUAAAAUUGUUUAAAUGUUUAUAAACAGAAAAUGUACAUGUACUCUGACCGUCAGUUCCUUUUAAAUAACAUGUUUCAGAAUGAAAUGAAAAUAAACAAAAUAUAAAUCA